AUGUCUCGGACCAGUUUGAUGGCUUCAGCGGUGAUGUUUUUGACUCUAGGUAUUCUCCCCCUCUCCCGCUUCUUGAUACCCUGUCCUCUCGACGAGCCCAACGGACAAGCAACAGCACAGCAACAGCACAGCAACAGCAACAGCACAGCACAUCGCCACAUUGUCUGAUUCGGGCUCCUGCAGGUGGACCUUGACAUGCCGAUAAUGCAAUUAGACCAGUGCGCUCGUACACACGGCCAGCCUCAGCGAUGCGUGUGGCUGGUUGGUUUUCGAUAAAUCAUUCUUUAUGGAUCAACCUGUUUCUCGCCCCCCCUUUGGCCUUGCUUGACGCCUAACCCAACGCAGGUGCCGCGCUGAUCACGAUCUGCUUGCUUCUCUCUGUGCUCGAGAUUCCUUUGCUGAACUGCUUCUUACGCAUCAAGAUAAGAAGACGAAGAGGAGGAACAACGAGAGAAGAACAAGAAGGACCAGAGAGGAAUCAGAAAGAAUAACAUUGAAGUCAUCGACACAAUGGAAUCGGUGAUGGACUCGGGCGCGCCGGCGCUUCCCAACAACCCCCCUCCCGCCAUCUGGCGGAGCACCGCCGACGACGACUCGACGCUGCUCGACGACCUGGACCACGAGCCGACGGUGCUCAAGUCGUAUCGCGACUGGGACGAGUGGAAGCGCGACAUCCAGCCGCACGUCGACGUCUUCAUCUGGCGCUACAUGUGGUCCGACCGGGCGGCCGACGAGCUGCGGGCGCGCCCGGUGCCGCCGCAGGUGCAGCAGUUCAACCGCCACGCCCGCGACGUGUCGGAGCUGACCAAGGACGAGUUCGACCUGUACCACGACCAGAACAAGGCCUACUACGCCCGGAAGCAGGAGUACGACCGCCAGAACGACAUGGUCGACCGCACAAAGGCCCUGAUCCUGCGCACCGUCGUGCCCGCAAAGGCCGAGCUGCUCGACGACGGCAAGACGCUGCGCGAGUGGGUGGCCCUGCUCAGGGACACGACGGCCCCGACGUACCGCCAGCGCAUCGAGAUUGAGCGCGGCAACUACAAUGCCGUGCUGGAGCGCUUCGACCUGGACGGGGGUGGUAGUGGGAAUGGCAAUGGCAAUGGCAAUGGCGGCGAGACGGACUGGGCGCACGAGUGGUACAGCGCCGUGACGAGGUGCCACAAGCUCAACUUCCCCGAGACGCUGUGCGGGACCUGGCUGCGGGACCUGGCAGACUGCAUCCUGCCGUUCUCGCCGCCGCUGUUUGACAAGUUCAUGCUCGGGGCCGACAGGCUGGAUCUCGCGGCCAUUGAGUGGCGGGCCGAGGCGGAGGAGGCCAUGGCGUUUAAGAAGACGCACAAGUGCAGCGGCGAUUGUGAUGAGAUGAACAACAACGCUGGCAAUGGCAGCAGACGAAGCAGCAGCAAUAGACAGCAAGAGGCCCCCAGCGAGAGCCAUUUCAACGAGGCAACGUUGUCGUCGUCGUCUGUCAGACCUCUCCAAGCGGUGCCCUCGGAGGAAAAGGAGGUGGUGGAGCUGGACGCCGCCUCGCCCAACGACGGAGACCGCCUGUGGACGUUCCUCGAGGUGUACCGCGAGAUUCGCGACCUCGAGUUUGGGGGCUCGGAAGCAGACGUGGCCAUGGGCGACGACGGCGGCGACGACGACGACGACGACAUCAACAACAACAAUGCGGACGCGGCGUCGGGCAAGGGCUCGGACUCGCCGCAGUGCCCGGCGUGCAACCUGCGGGGCCACGAGCUGCGGCACUGCUGGUACGCGUUUGAGGAGCGGCGGCCGCGAGGGGUGAUGCUGAGCCGGGCGCGGAUGCGGCGCGUGGAGAGGGCCAUCCGGACGGACAAGAACCUGGAACAGCGGGUGGAUGAUAUCUACACGGCGUUUACGGGAGGGAGGUUUUACCAGCGGCAGCUGAUGCUCGGAUCGACGCAAUCUGCGUGGUGA